AUGCAGAAGCUAUCCAAAACCGAUGCCGCCUUGAGCGUGCCACAAGGUUCCUUGAACAACUCCGCUGGCGAGUCACAGCCCACUCCCAAUUCCUCAUUUCGUGUAGGAGUAACCGAGGACAAAAACAAGAAAUGCCGUCGAACCAUGGAAGACACCCACUCCUACCUGUACAACUUCCUCGGCACUCCAGCCCCAGUCGUUCCUUCGGACGCAGCCUUGACCAAGAAAUCUUCCAUAGACGAACGAGCCAGCCUAACGACCGUGCCUUCCGAAGCUAGCCAACACGUGGUCGAGACUGACAACGGAUAUUUUGCAAUCUUUGAUGGACACGCGGGCACAUUUGCUGCAGAAUGGUGUGGAAAGAAACUCCAUGUCAUUCUGGAGGAUUUGAUGCGCAGGUAUCCCAAUACGGCUGUACCAGAAUUGCUCGAUCAGACCUACACCUCGGCAGAUACCCAACUAGAAAAGUUACCGUUGAGAAAUAGUGGAUGUACAGCAAUCACGGCGGUACUGAGAUGGGAAGAUCGGGUGCCGACCAAUCACUCCGCUACGGGAUCACAAGCCAUCGCACCUUUGGCAGCCGCAGCCGCAAAAGAAGCGGAGAAGAACGAGGCCAAGGACGCGACCCCUCGAUCGAAUUCGACUGCGGAAGCCGCAGCGGCCGCCAUACAAGAGGCCAAGCAGAAAGCUACUCGACAAAGGGUACUGUAUACGGCCAACGUUGGUGAUGCGCGGAUCGUGUUAUGUCGGAAUGGAAAGGCCCUCCGACUUUCGUAUGACCACAAAGGCAUGGAUGAGAAUGAAGGACGACGGAUUUCCAAGGCUGGUGGACUCAUCUUGAACAAUCGCGUCAAUGGAGUGCUGGCUGUGACUCGUGCUUUGGGUGAUUCCUAUCUGAAGGAUCUAGUUACGGGUCACCCGUAUACCACAGAAACCGUGAUCCAGCCGGAUCAGGAUGAGUUCUUGAUACUCGCGUGCGAUGGACUCUGGGACGUUUGCUCUGAUCAAGAAGCUGUAGAUCUAAUUCGACAAGUGCAGGACCCACAACAGGCAUCGAAGAUGCUGGUCGAUCAUGCAUUGCAACGAUUUUCCACCGACAACCUUUCGGUGAUGAUUGUUCGGUUCGACUCACAGAAACUGCAAAGCAACACUAAGAUCGAUAUUGGUGUGGAGACGGACGCCAAUAAAGACGCGACAGCAAUCAGCGAGGUGGAAAUGAUUGUGGCGGAAGCACGUCGACACUCCGGUAUAGCCCAAGCGGGCGCCGUUUCGGACCAAGACUCCGAAGAACUGAAACAAACCGUGAUACAAGAACAGGAAGACGAAGACCAAGAACCUGGUCCCGAGCUCACACCUGAGGGCCAACGCGAGGCAGAGAAGAUCUUGUCGGAAAAACAGGAUCAAGAGAAGGAAAAUAGUGCGAGCUAG